ACCAGGCCCACUUCCAAAAAUCACAUGAUUUCAUUGUAAACGGUGAAAAUGAGGAAAUCCGCGCCUUCAUGUGAAAUUCCCAAACGCGUUUUCUUAUUUUUAUGAGUGCAGUGGUGAACAGUCAGUCAGUGGUGGGCCGUGGCACUGGCUGGGUGAUGCUAUGGUGUAGGCAUAUCGUUCAGUACCACAGACCAAUACAUGAUGGUGACCAUUUGACUGAGCCGAAGGCUGGCUAUUAUGACUUCUGUACUUCAAAUGCGUCGGUGUAAUAGAAUCCUGUUUAGGCGAGGCUGAUCAACCGAUCGUGACUGGUACCCGUCGUCGGAGUCGGCCAAAACGGGGUGGGCGAAAAAGAGCAAUGCGGCGAGCCAAACGGAAGAGGGCAGUCGGUCAAAGCAUGCCAGGGGAUAAUAAAGCAAACAAGAAAGUCAAGGAUCGGCUGUCGUUUGUCGCCUCCGGCGACGAGAAACAAACCAGUCUGCACAAGUUCUUCAGCUCUGCUGAAGAUGUGCAUGUGCAGGCAACGGCGGACAGAGGAGGGAUCAGGGGAACAAUUUCGACCGGUUCCGCAUCUUCGAGUCUGCCUUCCUCUCCAAGGAGAGGAAAAUCUCGGCAGUCCCACUCAACAAACUUUUCAGAGAUAGACUCAGCUGAGAAUGGGCAGAAAUCGGGCGCAUCUAGAGGGGAGGCAAAGGGAACGUGGUUUGAUGAAAAAGCAACCAAGACAAAAUCGCAGCAGGGCGCGGCCAAGUCACAGACAAACGAUCGAGACCAGGCAGCCCUCUCAAGUGACUCUGGGAAACCUGGAGGGUCAAAGGUCAAAAGCGAAGAUUUGAAGAAUGUCCAUUCCAUCAGCGACUCAGAGAGCGAUACCUCAUCAGCAGACACACAACCACAGACACCUAGAAAAAGUCGGACUUCUUGGUUGGGAGGCAUUCGUAGUUCACCGAAAAGGCAACCAGCCAGAGCCUCCUCUCCGUCAGCCUGGAGUGCACGUGACACGGAGGCUUACCGGAACCGCUAUCCUAAUAAAAAGGACGACAAGAAUCUGAAGGACAAUUGGGAGUUCUACAGCAACAAGAUUCCAUCCAAGCCACGGGGUACAUAUAUUGAUGUAAUGCAUGAACACUGGUUUGGAGAUUACAGUCUUCUAGAAGAACACCAUGGUUACAUCCAGUGGCUGUUUCCAAUCCGAGAAAAAGGGAUGAACUGGCAGUCUCAGGAGCUGCAGUUGCACGAGGCAGAGAGGAUUUGUAAAGAUAAGAAGUGUUGCGAGCGUGUCAUCAAAUCCUACGAGUUGAUGCUCGAUUUCUGGGGGAUGCGUCUCAAAGACAGACGAAGCGGAGAGAUUGGGCGAGCAGACAACUGGAAGGAGAGAUUCCAGAACCUAAACAGGUCAUCCCACAACUACCUGCGGAUAACGCGGAUGCUGAAGUCCCUGGGAGAACUGGGCCACGAGCAUCUCAAGUUCCCCUUCCUGAAGUUCGUCCUCGGCGAGGCAGUCGUGGAGAAGACCCUGGCCAACGCCCAGCGCAGCUGCCUGCAUUACUGGGUACACACUCUAAGAAUCAACGCAGAACGGUCGGCGAUGCAGGACUUUGCUGAUACCCUCCUCACCAAGAAGUCUGGCAAGCAUUGACUCUGGCAGGGGUAAAAGCGCGACAAAUUUCGCUUGUCUUUGGACUAAACCAUUAAGCCAAAGUUAGUCUUUGCAGCUGUUCAAUAUGGCAGAUUGGUAUCCUUCAAACACUUUCUCCGAGACUGAUAAUCAAGUGAACAGAUUUUUGGUUGAAUUUGAUGUCAUCUUUGUGAGAAAUUAUUACUGGUAAAUAUUUCUUCAAUAUUUUUUGCUUGCAUAUUAUCAAACUUCUGAUUGACCUCGAGUGGAUAGCAAUGUGUGUUUUCUGUGUCCGCCCGACUUUGGUGGCCCAAUCCUGGAGCAGAUCCAGAGACACAUUUUCGAGGGAUGGGGGUGAAAAUUGUGAGGAUUUCCUGGUGGGAUUUCUCACAUGCGGUGGCCAAGUUUUGGAGGCUUUUUACGUAGGUCACAAAGGAAGGGAAUUGUGAAAGGCCAAUCCAAUAUUAAAAAAA